AUGUCAAAACACGGCCGCCAGGAAAAAUGGAACCACAAGUGUUGCGGUAUGCCUGCAAGUGUUGCAGAGUGCCUACAAGUGUUGCGGUAUGCCUACAAGUGUUGCGGUAUGCCUGCAAGUGUUGCAGAGUGCCUACAAGUGUUGCGGUAUGCCUACAAGUGUUGCGGUAUGCCUGCAAGUGUUGCGGUAUGCCUACAAGUGUUGCGGUAUGCCUACAAGUGUUGCGGUAUGCCUACAAGUGUUGCGGAGUGCCUACAAGUGUUGCGGUAUGCCUGCAAGUGUUGCGGUAUGCCUGCAAGCGUUGCGGUAUGCCUACAAGUGUUGCGGUAUGCCUGCAAGUGUUGCAGAGUGCCUACAAGUGUUGCGGUAUGCCUACAAGUGUUGCGGUAUGCCUGCAAGUGUUGCGGUAUGCCUGCAAGUGUUGCGGAGUGCCUACAAGUGUUGCGGUAUGCCUGCAAGUGUUGCGGUAUGCCUGCAAGUGUUGCAGAGUGCCUACAAGUGUUGCGGUAUGCCUACAAGUGUUGCGGUAUGCCUGCAAGUGUUGCGGUAUGCCUACAAGUGUUGCGGUAUGCCUACAAGUGUUGCGGUAUGCCUACAAGUGUUGCGGAGUGCCUACAAGUGUUGCGGUAUGCCUGCAAGUGUUGCGGUAUGCCUGCAAGCGUUGCGGUAUGCCUACAAGUGUUGCGGUAUGCCUGCAAGUGUUGCAGAGUGCCUACAAGUGUUGCGGUAUGCCUACAAGUGUUGCGGUAUGCCUACAAGUGUUGCGGUAUGCCUACAAGUGUUGCGGAGUGCCUACAAGUGUUGUGGAGUAACUCCAGACCACUGUCGGACAGUGAUAUCACUCGUUUCAUCAGUGACGGGAUAUCCAGCUACGUUGCCGAAUACGAUAAUACUAUAUAUACUUUUGGAUUUGUUUUCAGUCGUUGGUUUGUGAAUCAGCAGUGA